CGGAGGAGUAAGGCGACGAUACAGGUGUUGAAGAGCGACGCGGCGUUGAACGCGAGCUUCACGGGGGGGGAUUUGGACGACGCGAACGCCAAGGCGAGAGCGGCGACGCAACGGAUGUUGGACGCGGUCUCGGCGAACGUCGCCGCGAACCGGGACGGUGAGAGACGGGAAGACGCGAGCGACGACGACGACGACGACGACGACGACGACGUUUUGAAUCCGCGAGAAAAGGGGUCGGGAAAGGUGCGAACGGACGCGACGGCACCGCGCGCGAUGACGAAAAUCAUGAUCAACGGCACGCGUGAGGCGCGAGAGCUCGCAAAGGAACUCAUCGAGGAAUUGUUCGCGCGCGCCGCCGAGGCGCGGCGCCAACGCCGCGCGGACGAUCGCGAGCGUCAGCGCGAUAAGCGCGCGCGCGAACGACGGGUGUACCACCUUCGUCACGCCGCUGAUUUCGAACGCUUGGGGCUUCCAGUGGGGGCGUCCCAGGACGAGGUGAAGAGCGCGUUUCGCCGCCUCGCCGUGCGGUGGCAUCCGGACAAACACGCCGAGGGCCCGGCUCGGGUCGCCGCGACCGAAAAGUUCGCCGUGAUCCAAGCCUCGUACAACAACCUACUCGCGAUGGAAAAACAAAUCGAGCAGGGAAUGACGCUGUCGAUCGCGCACACGGCGGCGGAAUCCGCGACGGCGCGCCGGCCGCC